AUGCAAAAAGAAAAUUUGAAAAAUGAGAAAAUCCUUCUUGUUGAAACGACAAAUGAAGGUAUUCUUCGUGCUAUUCUAUCUCUAUUUAAAAAAACAAAAAAUUCAGUGCACAUUCGUCAUCUUUUCUAUUGUACAACACGAACAAACUGGAUACAAAUUCGCGGAUUUAUCUAUCGUUGUUUCUAUUCACAAUCAUUUCAUCAACUGAUUCGACCUGAAAUUCUUUCACAAUCUGUUCAAGAUCAAUUUGCUCGUUUACUACGUUCACUAAUUGAAGAUAAAUCUGAUCAAAAUUUUAGGAUCGGUAUUAUUAUAGCAACUACCAUUAGGAAUCAACAUCUUAUUAAUGGACUUCGAUCGAUGCGCAUUGUCGAUAUUCUACACAUGAAUAAAAAUUGUAUACUUGUUACAUCAAGAAUACCUGGUCUAGGAAAAUCGACUAUUAUUCGUCAGACAAUAAAAAAAUCAAAUAAAAAAGAUGUGAAAUUUCCAAUCUAUGGUGAUUUUGAUGUUGAUACAUUGGCUGAACGACUUCGUUCGAAAUAUUCUCAACUUCAAACAGGAGCCAUUCAUCUUGAUAUUGGCACGACUGCUAAUAGACAACAAUUGAAUGAAAUUCUUUAUUGUUUACUACUUUUUCGAAAUUUUCGUUUUGGAUACGUGACUGUUUCAGUACCGGCCGAGACAAUUGUGUAUAUUGAACUUGAUGCAUCACCUGAUGCAACUCUUAAUGAAUUACCAUUGUUUCAACAUAUAACUCCAUCGAUAAUUGUCGAAAAAGUCGAUUGGACGAGUCUUAAUAUAGGAAAUAAAGAAAUUCAAGCUGUAGCAAAUUAUUUGAAAGCUAUCCACACUAAAGCACUUAUGAAACAGGAUGUCAAUCCAUCAAUGUUCCAAAAUUUGGAUGUAAAAACAUGUUCUCGUCUUAUACAAGGUCCAUUUCUUCCAAAAAAAGAUGAUAAUUACAUAGCAUCGACUCAAUUACCGAUUUUUGUUGCCGUAUUUCAUCGUUUAUUUACAGGUUUUUCACAUUGUAGUUAUUUCUUAGUUGGAUCAGUUCCGGAACCACAACUUCGUUUUGAUCGUGUUCAAAUACUUCUUGCAUCAUCAAAUCAAUUUACUUCACUCUCAGUUGAAGCUGUUCGUAAACAACAACGAUCAGCUGCCAGUGGCGAACCGACAACAUUCAGUGAUGCCAUUGUUCGAUGGGAUACAAUUCAACCGUUUACAUUAGUUUUCACGGUAAGUGAUGAACCACUCUUUGUCUACAAGAAACCGACCGAUGUACCUCAAGCACUUGUCAAAUAUUUCAAAUUUUGCUAUGACGCAUUAGGACAAAAUUCAAUGAUGCAAACUACAAUGUUUCCAAAUUAUAUCACCCUUGGGCAUGAUAAACUUUUUCUCAAAUUAGAUUCACUCUCACGUAAAUAUUUUAAAAAAUCAAUUUGUCCGAAAUGUUUUAGACAAUAUGAUUUUAAACAACAAAAAUGUGAUAAAUGUUUGAGCAAAGAUACUCUUAUUCUACCGAAAUCAUUCGAUCAUAAAGAUGUCGAACAAUUUCAAUUUGAUAUAGCAAAAAAACUUGAAACUGAUUAUGUUCUUACACGAGAUAAUUUUAUUAAAAUGCUUCUUAUUUAUAUGCGAAUACAAAGUGGUAUUCCUGUUUUGAUCAUGGGUGAAACAGGAUGUGGUAAAACAUCAUUAAUUCAAUUUUUAUGUCAAAAAGUUCUCGAUGAAGAUCUAGAAAUAUUUAGCAUUCAUGCUGGUGUCACAGCUGAUAUUAUUAUUAAUAAAAUGAACAAUUGCAUUCACAAAGUUCAAACAUAUACUAAUAAAGAAAAACGUUUAUGGAUCAUUUUCAAUGAAUUUAAUACGACACCAAAUAUUGGUCUUCUCAAAGAAAUUAUGUGCGAACGAACAUUACUCGGAGAAUCAUUGCCAGAUAAGAUGGUGUUUUUGGGUGCUUGUAAUCCUUGGCGACAGAAGACAACAAAAAUUCUUCGGAAUGAUAAUGUUUAUGUUGGCUUACGAAAAAAUCGUUAUGCAAUGGGUGUGGGUGUGGGGUGUGAAUUUAAAGGAAAGUAA